AUGGAGAAGAUGGAUAGUCAACAUCAGCACAUUGAAGGUGCAAAUGCUAGUCCACAAGAAGUGGAGUCUGGAAAGCAAUGUGAUUUCUACAUUGAAGACCGAGUCGCUCAUCUAUCCGAGGAACAUCGCCAGUAUAUUCUUGCGAAGCAUGGGACGCUCGAUUUGGAACCCAUUCCUGACAUGACCGAUGCCGAUCCAUACAAUUGGCCGCAAUGGAGGAAAAACUUGAACUUAACCCUAGUCGCCUUCCAUGCCAUGAUGGGCACAUUCACUGCCUCGGCAAUCCAGUCUGCAUUCGAAAAUAUCUCCGAAGACCUCGACGUCAGUAUGCAGCGAACCAGCUACCUUGUCUCUCUCUUCAUUGCCGUGCUAGGCGGUGCACCUCUCUUCUGGCGCCCGCUGUGUAACCGCUAUGGCCGCCGCCCCAUCUUCCUGAUCUCGUUGGUCUGUAGCUUGAUUGGGAAUGUUGGUUGUGCGAAAAGCCCUUCUUAUGCAACCAUGGGUCUCUCGCGUGCUAUUACUGCCUUUUUUAUCAGCCCUGCGGCUGCUAUUGGUAGCGCCGUCGUUGCAGAGACUUUCUUCCGGAAAGAUCGUGCUCGCUGUAUGGGUGUGUGGACCGUAAUGGUUACUCUGGGUGUUCCUGCUGCUCCAUUUAUCUUUGGAUUCGUUGCUUUGCGUGUGGGCUAUCGCUGGAUUUACUAUAUCCUUGCAAUUGUCAACGCAAUCCAAUUCGUCCUCUACUUCUUCUUCGGAUCGGAAUCCCUCUACAUCCGUAGCAAUCUCCCCUCGAACGGCGUCGUCGACGCCAAGCAGAGUCUCUUCAAAUUCGGCCGUAUCGACCCUAUACCACUGAAACUCUGGGACUUCUUCCAGCCCCUGAGCUACGUGAUGAAACCAUGCGUGAUCAUCCCAGCCAUCGCCUACGCAAUGAUCUUCCUCUGGGGCAGUGUCGCGCUCACAAUCGAGAUCUCCCAGAUCUACCCUGCCAAGUUUGGCCUGAAUACCCAGCAGGUCGGUAUGCAAUUCCUGGGGAUUAUUAUCGGAUCUGUCAUCGGCGAACAGAUCGGCGGGUUUAUUUCCGAUCGCUGGAUGCUUAUGCGUCAGAAGCGGACUGGAGAACCAUCCCCGCCGGAAUACCGUCUGUGGUUGAGUUAUAUUGGCCAUGCUUUGACGAUCUGUGGUAUCGUAGUUUUUGCUAUCGAGAUCCGGGAUUCUGGUGGUGCAUGGAACAUCGCUCCCGUUGUUGGCGCCGCUAUUGCCGCUGGUGGUAAUCAGAUCGUUACUACGGUUGACAUUACUUAUGCGGUUGAUUGUUACCGUGAAGAUGCUGCCAGUGUGGGUGUCUUUAUUACCUUUGUUCGGCAGAUUUGGGGUUUCAUUGGUCCUUUCUGGUUCCCUCAGAUGUUUGAGGUUGUUGGUUGGGCUGGCGGUGCUGGUAUUGCUGUUGCUCUCAUGGUUGGCAUUAGUGUUAUUCCGACUAUCUUGGUGCAGUGGCGAGGAGCUGCUUGGCGUUGA